CGAUAGUUUGAGCUGUGGAAAAAAAUCGAAUGUUUCUUGUGGAAAAAAUUGGAGUCUUUAAUUUGGCGAAUCCAUUCGUUUACUUUGCGUUUAUUUUUAGCCUUAGUACUUUCGUUUGAUACGUUUGCUACCAAGUAUUUAUAAAAAUUAAAAAGCGUUCAAAAACACAAUUAACCAUUGCAACGUCGUUUCAUCAGCUAUUCAGAGUGAAUAAAGAAAACCUACAUCACACCUACAAUCAUACGUGUUACGUGUACAUACAUAUGUCUUGGUUCUCAUCAUUAUCAACAAUUUUAUAAAAAUUACAACUGCGAGUACUUCAUCACUAAUCAACAAAUCACCUGAAAAUGAACGGCCUGAGCAGCAAUGAUGAUGCAGUCGAGUGCCCUUUGUGUAUGGAGCCGCUUGAGGUGGACGAUCUGACCUUCUUUCCGUGUACCUGCGGAUAUCAGAUUUGCCGAUUCUGUUGGCAUAGGAUCCGCACGGAUGAGAACAAGCUGUGUCCGGCAUGCCGAAAGGAGUAUCCCGAGAAUCCAGCUGACUUCAAGCCGCUGUCGCAGGAGGAAAUGAUUGCCUUCAAGUCCCAGAAACGCCAAAGGGACCAACAACGAAAACAAAAGAUCACCGAGAACCGCAAACACUUGGCCAACGUUCGCGUUGUCCAAAAGAACUUGGUGUUCGUUGUGGGGCUACCGCCACGACUUGCUGAUGCAGACAUAUUAAAGAAACACGAGUAUUUCGGUAAAUAUGGGAAAAUUCAUAAAGUCGUUAUAAAUCCAAGUACCACGUAUGCCGGGGUCCAGGUAAGAGUUGGUCCAUCUGCUUCUGCGUAUGUCACAUAUGUUAAUAACUCGGAUGCCUUGCGGGCCAUUCAAAGCGUCAAUAAUAUUAUGAUAGACGGUCGGCUUAUAAAGACCAGCUUGGGGACAACCAAAUACUGUAGCCACUUCAUGAAGAACCAGCAGUGUCCCAAGGGCGACUGCAUGUACUUACAUGAAUUGGGCGAUCCCGAGGCCAGUUUCACAAAGGAGGAAAUGCAUCAGGGAAAGCACCUGGAGUACGAGAAGCGCCUGCACGAUACUCUAAUUGCGUCAUUGGGACCGAAUGCAACAGGUAUUGUAAAUGGUAAUGGAGCUUCUAAAGCAAAUGUCGCGAUUCCAUCGUCAUCGUCAGCGUCAUCCUCGUCCUCUGGAUCGGGUACAAAUGGUUCAAGUGCAUCAGGUAAUGCCCAGCAAAAGGAGGCCUGGCCAAGCUUAUCGGUCUCGCCCAUCAAUGGCAAAGAGGCGGCUGCCACUGCGACCAGUUCCAGUGGGAAAAGUAAACGGGAAAAGCUGCGCAACGAGAAGAGGCACGAGAAGAACAAGGCGAAGAAUAAGAACGGCAGCAAUACAAACGCCAAUGCCUCGAACAAGGAGAACUAUGUUCCCGAAACGAGAAGCAGCACAAGUACUGAGACAUUCGCAGAGGCUACGGCGGAUGCACCGGCUUCCACCAAGGCAGAACCGCCGCAAGCCUCUAGCAAUAGAACGAGGGCGGAUCGUGGAAAAGAUCGGACCACGGCUAGUGCAAAGGAGCAGAAGAAGAGCAAGGAAGCUGCUCCAGCACCUGCAGCAAGUAAACCGGCGGAGCGGGUUGAAACAAGCGAGAGUACAAUAAGACAAAAGAAGGCGGAAGUAACAGAAAGCUGUGAAGAUAACUUACCACAAAAGAGAUUAGCGGGAACAAACGUUCAAAGAUCUGUGAGCUCUUGUAGCGAAAAUAGCGAAGGACACGUCUCUGAGAGUAGCUUAAGUGAGAAGAGUUUAACUGGUGAUUAUGUGGAGGAAAAGUGCAAUAGUGUGAAUUCGGAAAGCCAGCAAGAAAGUGUAAAGUUUCAGGAGGAGCUCGAAAAGAGCAACGAGGCAAUUGUCGAGGCCGAAACGAUUCUGCCAACAGCUGAGUCCUCUGAGGACAUCAGUCCCGCUGCAGUUGCGCCAGGCAAUGGAGAAGUCGAAGGAUGCUUACCCGUUGUUGAUCCAGUCGAACCACCGAGUCUGGCGGAUAAUGGAAGCAGAGUAACAGAUGCGCUAUCUAAGCUGAACAUUUUCGAUGACACGCCUAGCUUUUUCACAUCGCCAUCAUUCCAGCAAGCACCCAUAUUAAAGAAUAAGCUAGAUUUGGAAAUGCGACAGUCUCAUUUACCUGACUUGGUCAACGACAUUGAUGGAAUCCAAAAGGCAUCCAAUACAAACGAGUGGGAGGAAGCCUUCAAAAAUGUGAUGAUGGGCAACACGCAGCACAUGGAGGAGCAACUGUUGCAGCAGCAACAUUUGCAGCAGCAUCAGAAUUUGCGCCACCAGCUGGUGUUGCAACAGGAGGAGUUCCUUCGCAUGCAAGAAUUACAGAAACGCAACAACUUUGCGACGCAAAUCAACGGUCCUGCGAAUGAUUUCCUUAGAGCUUAUGAGCUCAGAGCUCAAGCCAAUGCAAUCAUUCAGCAACAAUUAUUACAACAGCACGCAGGCGAAAAUCUAUUUGGCGGCAACAUGUCGAAGUUCUUCGAUUUCCAUAAAAGUCAGCCGCAGUCACACCAUCAGUAUCUAAAUGGACAUCCGCCUCAAAUCAAUGGGAACGGUGCUGUGCCGGAGCCGCAAAGAGUGGCGGCCUCUUUGGAAAGCAAUCGACUGAAUUCGCCUUUUGUCGAAAAUGGACUUAUUAACUCGCAGCAGCAGCAGCAGCAGCAGCAACAGCAACAAAAGCAGAGAAUGAUGGGAAUGUAUGAAUUUAUGCCUCCAAACACGCAAUCUCAGCAGAAUCGGUUUACACAGAACUCGAUAGUCGACGAUGACUUAGGAUUCGACCCGUUCGUUGAGACCCAAAAGGGACUUGCUGAACUUAUGGAAAAUGAGGUGGUCCAAAAACAGAGUAUUAAUAAUGAGAACCCCUUGCCGAAGUUGCCGCCACAGCCUCAAGUUCCACCCCAUCCGCAAUUGGUGGACAACCUGCAGCGAGCUCGCAUGCCGCCGCCAGGCUUCAAUCACGUCAACACAUUGGGCUUGGGCGGUGCAUCCAGACUGCAGCUCACCAGCAAAAUAAUACCCUUCAUGAACAUGCCCGUCAAUGGGGUGGGCAACAGCGGUGCCCAGGGACAGCACCAAAUGCCAAUGGGUGUCAACUGGAAUGCGCCGAUGGGCAUGCACCAGAACCCGGGACAGCCCGUGGGUGAUUCGCAAUUGCAGCAUCCAAUGGCUCACAACAAGGUUUACAACAACAGUGAUUGGACUUCAAUGGAUCCGGCUAUACUUUCGUUUAGACAGUAUUCUUCUUUUCCACAAAACCAAAUUCCCCCACAUCCUCAGCAGCAACAGGAUUUAUUUUUGCAGCAUUUGGCUCAACAGCAAAAUUCCCAGAGUGGUGGUUUCAACAACCAGGCACAGCAAAUGCUUCCUAUGGGGAUGCCCAAUAGUUUGCUGAACGGACAACAAACGCAGCCGCCACAGGUCAAUGCCAAUGUUCAGGGCAUGCUUGAGUUUUUAAAAAGCCGUCAAUUCGUUUAGCUACAAUACAUAUAAAUAAUACAUUUGUUUACCUGUACUCUUUAUUAAAUAUUUCUUAAAGUAAAUAUAGGCAAAAUAAAAUUCGAAUAUAAUGAAACUACAUGAUACAAACAAACAGACGGUCCAGUGAAAUUCAGCCUACUAAAAGCAUUUGUGCAGCAAGCGAAACACUUGGAUGCCGUCUCCCCGCGCCGGACGUGUCCGCAUGAAUCCAAUUAUAGUAUCCAAUAAACCCCGUUCAGGGUGUAGUCUGCUUGGCAAUAGUGAAGCCCCCAGUGAUUUUUCAAACUUGAAACCAACUCAUUCCAAUUGCUCGCUGGAUAAAAGACAGAUUACCAUGGCAAUAAGUAGCAAAGAAAACCUCGUGAUGUGAAAUUAUCGAGACUGUGUAAAAAUGUCAACUUUUUAAUAAUAAAUACGUGACUUGAAAUGGUUG